AUGAGCACGUGUAAGCAAAGCUUUAAUAAUUGUUUAGUGAAUGGAGAACGUUCUGGUUGUUUGUGUAUGUCCGCCGUAAGAAGACGUGCAAUCAAAAAUUUCUAAAUUAAGAAAAUAAUAUUUUGUAAGAUAAUAUGUCGAGUAAAAACAAAGAAAUUGUUUGCAAAGAAAACGCUGUGCAGGCUAUAGUGGUUGCAGACACUUUUGGAGAUGAAUUUGUUCCCGUCUCAGAUACAAUACCACUGGCCCUUUUACCAAUCCUCAACAGACCUUUAGUGGAUUACACCUUGGAAUUUUUGUCCCUCGGAGGAAUAGAAGAAACAUUCUUAUUCUGUUGCACACAUGUCGAAUCCAUCAGAGAACAUAUUGAUAAAUGUAUUAGAAAUAUGGAUGGUUGGACUGUUACCAUGAAGGUGAAUAUAAUAGCUUCUGAAUCAUGUCAUUCUCUUGGAGACUGUCUACGUGAUUUGGAUGCGAAAGGACUAUUGAGGGGCGACUUUGUAUUAAUAGAACCUGGUACAAUUUCCAAUGUGCAACUGUUGCCAUUGUUGAAAAGACACAGUGAGACCACAAAAAACGACAAAUAUGCUGCCAUGACAUUAGUACUACAAGAGGCAGGAGUUGGAUAUAUUGGAAGAUGUCCUGAAGAGGAAAUGCUGGUUUUAGUAGAUCCUGAUAAAAGGAUAUUAUUUCACAAGAAACUUGGAAAAAUAAGGGAAAAGAAUAUAAAGUUUCCUUUGGACAUCCUCCUAGACAAUCCAUGUCUUUCGUUACAUUACAACAUGAAAGAUACCCACAUUGCCAUAUGUUCGCCAUCAGUAUUACCAUUGUUCUCCGAUAAUUUCGAUUUUCAAUCGAAAGAUGAUCUUAUCAAAGGGUUGCUUAUGAACGAAGAGAUAUUAGAAGGAACUGUAUAUAUAAAUGUAUUGAAAGGCAGCCAAUGUGGAGGAGCUGUUACCAACUGGAGAAUGUAUCAAGCACUUAGUCAUGAGUUGAAAAACAAUUGGAUGUACCCUCUGUGUCCACCUAGGAAAAAGAAUCGAACAUUGAAAAAUGAUGUAAUCAUUGGCCAAGAUACAACAAUUCACGAAUCAGCGAAUUUGCAGAGGACAGUCCUAGGAGACAAUAUAAAAGUGGGUCCCAAUGUUACAAUCAAAGACUCCUUCAUAUUGUCAAAUACAAAGCUGGAAGGCAACGUAACUAUAUCACAUAGUUUGAUAGGCCCGUGGUGUAUCAUAAAAUCCAAAAGUAAAGUAACUGGCAGCAUAUUAGGGGAAGGAUCAGUCGUAGAAAAAGAUAUAUUUGUGGAAAACACUCUUGUACAGGCUACACAACCUGAGAAUUAUGAGGAAGGGGACAAACUUGGUUCUAAAGCAUACCGAAUGAGAAUAACUGCUGGGGAAGAUGAAGAAGCAGAUAUAUCAGCAUUGUCCAGUAAAUUCCCCCACAUAAACGUUGAUGUGUAUCAAGAGUCUGAAUCAGAAGAGGACGCUGGAUUUAGUGAGAGCGACGAAGAAGAAUUAUCAGAUACUCUCUCUCAAGCUCCCGAUGAUACAAAAAUGUUCUUUACUGAAGUAAUCGACAGCCUAACCAGGGGGUUUGAUGACAAUCUGCUAUGCGAUAACCUUAUUCUUGAAAUCAAUUCAUCCCGAUACGCAUAUAAUGUCACUGUGAAAGAGGUAAACUUCAAUGUAGUCAAAGCUAUUCUGAUUAUGUCUCUCAGGCAGCCUACUGGUGUUCAAUAUUUUUCACACUUGUCUCGUUUACUGUCCUUCUUUGCUCCGAUCCUGAAGAAUUACAUUCGUAACGAAAGUGCGAUGGAGGAUUGUUUGCAGGCUAUUGAAGAUGUAGCAAUUUCAAACGAAGAACUUAAAGAAAAAUGGGUUAUGUUUGUUCUUCAAUACUUGUAUAACAAAGAUUAUGUGACUGAGGAUGCUAUAUUGAAAUGGUACGGGACCUUGGAUAAGAAAGAGAAGUUCCAUUCACAAGUUAAACCCUUCACUGACUGGUUAGAGCAGGCAGAGGAAGCUUCCUCUUCCGAAGAGGAUAGUAGCGACUGAAUGAAUCUAACUUUUGUAUAUUUUUGAUAGAUGUUAAUGUUUUUUAUCGAAAAUAUAUCAGAAACUUACUUUUU